AUGGACCAGGAUCCGCUCCGUGCCCUUGCGACUAACCGUUGCUGUGCUCUCUUCUCCCAAGCUCCGGUGCUCAGAAGCAGAUUUCAACGAUAG